UACUGUUUUUUAGAGAAAUGAUGGACCAUUCCUCAGCCAAAUAUCUCAGUUUAAGCUGGGAUCAAGUACUACCCGUUGGAGCCGGACUCUGGAACGUGGGCAACACCUGCUUUAUGAACUCUGUUCUCCAGUGUCUUUCAUACACUGCUCCACUGGUGAACUACACGCUCUCUGGAGAGCAUGUCAGAACAUGUUCCAGAUAUCGGUUUUGCAUGUCAUGCACAUUGGAGAACCACAUCACUGAGACGAUUAAUAACUCGGGCACAGCCAUUGUUCCUGCACGUGUGGUGACUCAACUUAACCUGAUCGGAGAGCAGUUCUGUUUAGGACAACAAGAAGACGCGCACGAGUUCCUGAGGUACACAGUGCACGCUUUACAGCAGUCCUACCCUAAUGGAAAAAUGCUAGGCAGGGAAACCAACCUCAUUAAUCAGAUCUUUGAAGGUCGCAUGAGAUCUAGAGUGAAGUGUCUGAACUGCAAGGCAGAUUCAGAUACGUUUGAGCCGUUCAUGGACGUUGCACUGGACAUUACGGGAGCCAAGGAUCUUACCGAAUCGCUACAGCGAUUUGUUAAGCCUGAGCAACUUGGCGAUGGUUACAAGUGCACCCGGUGUAUGGAAACGAGCCCGGCCUCCAAAAAACUGACCAUACACCACAGCUCAAACGUGCUCACCAUCUGUCUGAAGAGAUUUAAUUACUAUGGACGAAAAAUUUCUACGCUUGUGAAAUAUCCGAAACGCCUUGACAUGCGCCCGUUCAUGUCCGAGUCUGAGGGAGAGUCACAAGUGUACGAGCUGUAUGCUGUGCUUGUGCACGCUGGUUACAGCUGCCACUGUGGACACUACUACUGCUAUGUGAAGGCUAGUGACCGCAACUGGUAUAAAAUGGAUGAUGAACAGGUGUCCGUCGCCGAUGAAAGAUCAGUGCUCAAUCAGCAAGCAUACAUGCUGUUCUACAUCAGGACUUCAGAAAAGCCCAUGGCAGAGGGGAGGAGCCAAGGGUACAGCGGGUCUACUUACAGAAAGUGCAGCGAAACCUGUGACACCAAACAGCAGAGCACAGGAAAACGAAAGCGCUGCCAAAGCCCUGACAGAGAGGAGUCUCAACCCGCUGCUAAACGGGCAAUCGUAGAAAUACCUGCAACUGAUCAGCGGUUACUAAAAAUAAGCAGGAAAUGCAAACGAAAGCGCUGCCCAAGCCCUGAAAGAGAGGAGUCUGAACCCGCUGCUAAACGGGCACGCAUAGAAACUCAUAGAACCUGUGACACCAAACAGCAGAUCACAGGAAAACGAAAGCGCUGCCCAAGCCCUGUAAGAGAGGAGUCUCAACCUUCUGCUAAACUGCCAAUCAUAGAAACGUAUAGAACCUGUGACACCAAACAGCAGAUCACCGGAAAACGAAAGCGCUGCCCAAGACCGAAAAGAGAGGAGUUUCAACCUGCUGCUAAACGGGCUCAAAUACAAACACCUGCAACUGAUCAACAAUUACUACAGGAGAAAAAGAAACUACAAAUAAGGACUUCAGAAAAACUCAAACAGAGAAGAGGAGCCGUGAAGACAGCGAUGCGUAUGGCGAGUGCUCUGAAAUCAGUAGCACCAAACAGCUGAGCAUCAUAGAAAAACGCUACCAUAGCUUUGAGAAAGAGAAGUCAAAC